AUGGACAACAAGCGGUACCGGGACGCGGACUACGAGGCUGCCUCGGCAUCUGGAAAGCGCGCGCGCCUCGAUUCGGCUGGCCCUGCUGGCCCCGGUGACAUUAAAAACAUUGCACACCAAGUACUCUUCAGAGACCACAGCAGCGAGAGUAACAGCCGCAGCGGCAGUGGCUUCUUGGCCGUAAACGACUCCAGCCAUGCGCAACCCCUCGUCGCAUCGGCUCACGACCACCGCACCAGCAGACCCAAUGGCCCGGUGUCCGGCCAUGACAGCGCUGCCAAUAGCACGUAUGCAAGCAGGAACGGCAACGUCGCUAGCCGGACAAAUUCCGCCAGCCACACUGCCAUCGUCGCAAGCGACCGUGCGCCGCUUGAGACCAUAACGGACGUCAGUCGGCAGUUCAAGCAGGCGGUGAGUACAGGCUGGGAUCAGCGGUCUCCGACGUACGCGGGUGCCAAUGUACUACUCCUUUACUGGGAACAAGACAGCCACGAGGUCAAAGAAGCCACAUGGCGCCUCGACUCUGUUUUUCGGCACUCGUUUAACUAUGCCACGGAGACUAUCUCGAUCCCCUCAGCCAACGCUGAGUGGGUGCUUAAUUCUACCGUGGAGGCAUUUUUUAGCAAGAACAACACGCCUGAGAAUUUGGCUAUUCUCCACUACGCCGGACGUUGUCUCGCGAGCGAGACACCGGGGGCGCCCCCUAUCUGGAUGCCACGACAUGAUGGUGCCGACAUUGCCAUAGACUCGGGAGCCAUUGAGUCAGCUUAUAAUGGCUCACUCUGUGAUGUACUGUUGCUGUUGGACCACAACUGCAUCCGCCAUCGUCAAUAUCCCAAAAACCCUCUCGGUACCGCACGGCGCAAGGCCGUCGAAAUCAUCGAUGCGCCUCCUGUUGAAUCUGAGCAAGCUCAUGUCAGCUUCACAAAGGCCUUGGCCGACGAGUUGUCCACCGUCGCAUAUGGCGACUCACUAUUAGUCGAAACUCUGCAUAAGCGGGUUGCGGCCCGGAUGACCAUACAUAAGCCCCGUGGCCGCGGCCGUCCACCAAAAGAGCCCGUACCAAGACCCAUCGCCGAUCAACAACACUUGCCAAAUCAUUACUACUUGCAAGAGUUCCGCAGCAUCGUUCUUGCCCCCAUUCCGAACGAGCCACAAGUUGUACUGUGCAUCCGUAUCCUAAACGGCGCACCGGAUAUUAGCAAAUGGGCCCAGUGGAUAUACGACGCAAAUCCACAGGCACGGAACAGCGUUCAAAUCGAGGGACUGUACUCGGGGUUCUCGACCAUGAUUGUGGUUCGAGUUCCUGCAGCUGAUUGGGAACUCUUCGCCAGGUGUCCUGCUGGAUCGUUUGUUGGUUACAGCACAAUAGGAGACAUCCCUUCCAACCUAUUGAGAAGGAUUGAUGAAGACCUCUCUGCGAAACUCUGGGCUGAAGAUGAACCGCCACUACCACCAAGACACCCAUCAACGGCCAAUAGCGCCGCCAGCUACCCACCCCUCCCUUCCGCCAACUUUUUCACUCCCCGGAAGUUGUUCGCGUCAGAUAGACUCGAAACAUCAACUAGCGGUGUUGACAGCGAUCUCGGCCUUAAGAAGGUCAGAAAGGCAUUGCCGACUGAAAGAAAACUUCUUCCUUCGGGUCCCGGACCUACUUUCUUAACAAACCGGAGAAUUGAGCAGACCCCAGUGUCGACCGACCGAGCCGUGUACAGGCCUCCACAGACCAGCAUUCAUCAGCCGCACGAGCAACAGCGUGUAUCUCAGCAAGAACUGUCUCGCCAACUUGUCGAAAGCGGCCUUUCGGAAAGAGAUGCGUUGCUUGUAGCUGCCGCACAGAAGCCGUUUAAGAUCUCGAUUAAGUUGGCUGGCCAGAACCACAUGUGCAGCGAAUGUAACGCUGGGUUUAAGGAUGUCGAGUCGCUGCGAAACCAUGUGCGAAAACAGCACACGCGACCCUUCCACUGUGUAUUCAACUGGGCCGGGUGCGAGUCAACUUUUGCCAGCAAGAACGAAUGGAAGCGUCACGUCAUGAGCCAGCACAUUUUGCUACACUACUGGGUUUGCCAGGUGGAAUUAUGUAGCAAGGUGGUAAACAAAGCACCGGGUGCCGCUCACAGCAGCUUUUCUCUUCCCAACGGUGCCAUAUUUAACCGAAAAGACCUCUUCACACAGCAUUUACGGCGGAUGCACACACCAUCACAUGUUCGAAAGUUGACGAAGCAAGCUAAAAUGGCAAAUAAGACUGCCAACCAUCCCGCCAUUCUAGAAUGGGAAAAUCGCAUGAAAGAUCUACAGCAGGACGGUAUCAAACCGCGCUGUCGGCUGCCGGACUAUAUGAUUUGUCCGUCUCCAGGUUGUGGUGUUGAGUUCCAUGGCAACGGUGCAUGGGACGAUCGUAUGGAGCACGUAGCGCGACAUCUCGAGGGUGCUGCCGCCGGCCGCGAGGCGCUGGUUUUUUUUGGCGGCAAGUCCGAUCCCACAUUGACCAACUGGGCCACGCGGCCCGAGGUAGGAAUUGCUAAGAGGGUCGGGCCGGACGCGUGGCAGUUGGAUAAUCCACUCCGGCCCGAGAUUCGGGAGUGGACUGAGAACGAUCACGAUAUGGUCGGCAUGUCACCUAGGCUCCUUGCUGAAGAGAGGAUCCUGCCUUCAAGCGAGCCUUCUCAACAGGACGAAGGUGGCGGGGAUAAUGACAAAGCAGAGCAUCGCGACUCUUCGUCCGACAAUAGGAGUAGCCGAGAAAGAUCCAAGUCGGUAAUCGAGGUUGCUGGACCACAGUCGCCGAUCAGAGGUGACAGCACGGAUCCCGAGCCUGAUCAACUAAGCGGCCCUAGUCGCACUCCCGAAGACGAAGUCACAAAGGAUGAUGGUGUCUCGAACCCCCAAAUGGCGCCCAAGGAACAGCUACGGCAAUCUAUAGAAGCCAGCAGUCCAUCCAUUGUCGCCAGCUAG